UACCGCCUGUUUGGCUCACCAUUCAGUUUCCUGCAGAGUGCGUGAGGCUGCUCGUUUCUGUACUUAGACUGGAAAAAGAAAAACUUGGCAAGAUGGCAGAAGAAAACAAACCCUCUAUUUUUGGUGGUGUGGAUUUCCACAGCGUCGACAACAACAAGGAACACCACACCGAUGAAGUCUCGCAGGAGCGGCUGGUUGUGAGGCGUGGCCAAAACUUCAAAAUGACCCUGACUCUGAUGCAAUCUUUUAACCCGGAACUUCAGCAGCUCGUCCUCACUGCAAAGACCGGAGACCAACAUGCCUCAGAGGACAGGGGGACGUUGUCUCGCUUCGGCUAUCCAGACAGCAUCAGACGUUCAUCAUCAGCUAAGGCGAUGUGGAAGGUAGAGCCUCUGACAGGCUUCAGUCUUCCAAGCAACACAGUCGCUCUGUCCGUAACUCCCCCAGCCGAUGCCCCUGUGGGGGAGUACGAACUGUUUGGGAAACUUCAGGAGGAGGAAAAGUCACUGGGAAAGCUGGUGGUGCUCUUCAACCCCUGGUGCUCCGCUCUUUUUAAGAGUGUAGAUGGAAAAGAAUAUGGCUAUGAACGUGUGUUGGAGCCCCUUCUACAAGAUCUUGAAAUCUUAGAGACUGAUGGUGUAUUUGUGCCCUUGUUGGGCUACUCCGUUAAAGAAAGAAGAAUGAACCAGCCCUUUGUGCUAAAAGUCAUCCUGCUGGACAAUACCGCCCAAAGGCUGACUCUGCCUAAUGGAUUACCAGACACAGUUGAAGAACUUAUGGAAGAAGUCAUACGCCAAUGUGGACUUGCAUCGAAUAUCAGACUUCAAUUCAUGGACCCACUGUUUGGAAAUGAGUACAUGAAUCUUACAAACAUCAACGAACUCCAGGACAGAGGGACUAUUAGAGUGAUGAGUGAUGUGUCAGAAGAAUCAGACUCGGUGACCUUAGUACUUUCAGAUGUAUCAUCCAUAUCUUCAUUGCCUGUGACAGAAUCAUCGUCCUUAGCAUCCCUUCCUCUGUCAGAGUCAUCAUCACAACUUUCAUUUCCUCUGUCACAAUCAUCUCCAUUAGUUUCAAUACCUAUUUCAGAAGCAGCAACCUCUGCCCGAGCAGAUGAGACCUCUCUUUCCAGCUGUUUUACUGAGGAUACAGACAUUCUUUCAUCGCCCCAGUCAGACCUUGGGGUUGGAAAAUCAUCCUGGCCACCCACAUUUAUUGUGCCAGUUUUUUCAUAUGACAGUGAGCUGAAACUUGAAAAAGGAAAUGCCAUGUACAAGGAAAAUGGAACUUUACUCCUGCCCGAUCUCAAACUGCGUUCAAAUAUCCUAGAGAAUCUUAUUCAGGAGAUUGUGCGCUACAAAGUGUAUGUUACAGAUAAGCAGUUUAACAGUGUUGGUGCAGCCCUCAUCUCAAAGCAUCCCUGUUUGACAGAGAGAGGGUCAGACAGUGGGUAUUCUGGAUGGAAGAAAAGUUUAAAAGACAAACUGGCACAUUACCGUACAGAGUUAAGGAAACUUGGUUGUCCAGAGGUGGUAGUUAAUGCAAUGACCAGCAAGCCACAAGGCAGGAGUCCAGCAUUCAAAAUAAAAAGACCGAAGCGGUCUGAAGUUAACUACUGUCCACAGUUUCCAGUCGGUGAAACUGAAGCAACAUUAGAAAAACUUAGAGUAGAGCUUCUAACCGACAUAAAGCUGAGAAAUGGCAAAGAGAUGGUGAAAGCAAAGAUGGAAAAGACCUUUUCAUACCGAAGAUAUGAGGUGAUCCGAGAUGCCCCCAUGGUCCAGGACUUUAAAGGAAGAUGGCCAGCCCUCUUUGACGUGUUUGAGAUAAAUUCAGAGUUCAAGCGAUUGACAACCCUGCCACUCCAGUCCCGCUUUCUGUCUAAACUGGAUCUUUUGUCUCGCAAACUUCAAGCCUUGUAUGAGAAGAGGGGAGGACAAAUUGGAAAGAAGCUAAAGCAACUGAUGGAAGAAAUGAAAACUGAAUCUGGGGAGGAUGAUCUCGAUUCCGUGAGGGAAGGUGUUCUGAGGGCGCUGUGUGUCUACUUGAAUGAAGACCCUGAAAACCUGAUAAAGGAUCAUGUUAUCAACUGUCAGGAUGACUCUGGCGUCUUGGAGGGACGCUGGGAAUCUCCGUAUUGGGGUGGGAGAAGACCCACUAAUUGGAGUGGCAGCUAUAUAAUCCUUAAUAGGUGGUUCAAAAGGGGCUGCAAACCAGUCAAGUAUGGACAGUGCUGGGUGUUCGCCGGAGUCAUGUGCUCAGUGAUGCGUCUGCUGGGCAUUCCCUGCCGCGUGGUCACCAACUUCGAAUCAGCUCAUGAUGUCCACAUGAAUCUGAUCGUCGAGACUUACAUAGACGACAACGGAGUCAAUGAGGAGCGCACCAAGGACAGUAUUUGGAACUUCCACGUCUGGACGGAGGGUUGGAUGAAGCGACCAGACCUGGGAAUCGAUGGGGAAUACGACGGCUGGCAAGCUGUGGAUCCAACGCCACAGGAGUUGAGCGAUGGUGUGUUCUGCUGUGGCCCAGCCUCAGUCAAAGGCAUCCUAAAUGGACAAACGGGCUUUAAAUAUGAUGCUCCAUUUAUCUUUGCUGAGGUCAAUGCUGACUGCGUUUACUAUAUGAGCACAGAGAGUGGUGAAAUGUUGAAAGUCGACUCUGACACCAAGAGAGUCGGGAAGAAGAUCUCCACCAAGGCUGUUGGUUCCAGGAGGAGGCAGAACAUCACCAAGAGCUACAAGCACAAAGAAGGGUCAAAAAGAGAGAGGCAUUGCUUUUUCUAUGCCGCCACCAGAGAUUAUUCCAAACCUGAUGAUGAAAUAGAUGAAGACGAAGAGGAAGAAGAAGAGGAGGAGGAAGUAAUGGAUACGGAAGCUGAAAGUGGAGAAACCGAUGGGGGAGGUGGAAGUGGAGGGAUGGAGGAGGAACCCACCCCACAACCUCCAUCACCAGUGACUAUUCGAUUUAAAAAGGUGUCCAGGCCGAUCAACGGAAAGGAUGUGAACCUGAACCUGGUGCUGAAGAGUAAGAGCAGUGAUGCCAGACCACUGUCCAUCCACAUCUCCGUCCAGGCCAUGAACCACAACGGCAGACCAACUGGGAAAAUCCUGGCCGAGGACAAGGAGGAGACGCUGCUGCCUGGGAAAGCUCUGUCUGUCCCCAUCCUGGUCCCGUUCUUGACCUACCAUAAACCCAUGGUGGAGAGUGAGAGCAUGAAGAUUUCAGUCGUGAUCACAGACAAAAAUAACGGAGACCACAAAUACCUGGCUACGCAUGAUGUUGUGCUGCUGAACCCUCAACUCUCCAUCACUGCUCCUGCUCAGGCCAGCCUGAAUACACUGAACAGUGGGGAAGUGGUUUUCAUGAACCCUGUCAAUGAAGUUCUGACAAACUGCACUCUGACACUUUCCGGAGGCGGCCUGUUCAAGGAGGAGUUUGAAAAGAAGAUUCAAGAUCUGAACCCGAACGACACGAUGUCUAUCAAGUUCGACUUUACUCCCUACAAGAAAGGAGAGAAGACUCUCACUGCCGACUUUGACUGUGACACCUUCAGGGACAUCAAGGCCAUCUGCACUGUCAACGUCGUCUAAUAAAUUCUCAAAAUCACAGUUAUGUGCUCAGAAAUGAAAUGGUAGAGGCAAUUAUUCAGUUUCUUCACAGUUAUUUCCAUGCAAUGAUAUUUUUGUUGGAUUUAGAGAUCCACUGUUGUGAGAUUUAAGAUAUGAGGGUCAUUCGAGAACUGAAGGACAUUUGGGCUUCAAAAUUUUUGAAAAAUAAACCUUCUGUUUUACAAUUUUCUGCUACAUAUUCAUCAAUAAUAGGUAUAAACCAUCAAAGGCCUGAUUGGCUCAGCUUACAUAUCAAUGGUACUAUUUUUAUUCUGUGUUUUGUUGUAUGCUAACCCUAAUCACAGUAACGGGGUUACUAAUCCAUGCUAAUGUUAGCCUUUUCUCAGUAGAAGCUAGAUAUUUAGUUAGCUGUUACUGUUGACCAACAGGACAAACUUACUGAUGGAAAACAGUAAAGAAAAAAGUAAAAAUAAUUUGUCUCAUCCUGAAAAUAUGAGGUAGAGUGAGACACUCAAUCAAGGCUGACAAUGUUCUGAAAAUAUGAAAAAUAGAAGAGGACAUAGCUUUGCUCUACCCAUUCUUUUGGACAACUGUUUGAUGAUGUUAAUUCCAGUGUAUCAUGUGAUUCACAGUUUACUUCUUCUUCUACCAGCUAAGAAGGUUAUGCUAACAGGUUCCACGCAUAAUAAUUAUUUAAAAUAUUUUGUUGAUUAAAAAAAUUGUUCCCACAAUUACAAGAGACAUCAAUGGAAAAAAAAUCCAAAAGGAGAUUUAAAUUUCAUUUUAACAGUUUUAUUUGACAUUCAAUUUGGUCAUCAGGAGGGUGGGACAAGAGAAAAAUAACAUUUUAGGGGAACUCCAGACUUAUUUGGUGUUUUUAAAAAUAUACUUCAAACAUUCUUGUCUGUUUUUUGUUUUGUUUUUUUUUUAGAUUUGGUCUCAGGACAAGUAAAUUUACACAACUGCAUACUUUAGUAUUUUGUUCACGGAUUAUUUGAAAUUUGAUGGGUGGGACGUAAAAUGUCCAAUUCUGGAAUGACCCAUAUAGGGUUUGAAUAGACAUACCUUCCUGACAUACAUCUGUGCUGGUAGUAUACUUGAAAAAAAAAGAAAGAAAAAAAAAAAAAAAAAAACAGCUUGCAAAAGGUCCAACAACUAUAAACUUACAGCAGUGCAUCAGUAGCAUUGCAUUUAUUCUUAAUGAGGGAAUUAAAAGACAGAGAGAAAUAUUUCACUCAAAUCUCAAUAAAAGUCAUGGUGGUUUCACAGCUAAUCUGCUUGGUUUAUUUAAAAUGAACCUUGGUGUGGUGUUUUGGUGUGGAAUCAACCACAGUAGCUUUCCAUGUGAUUUAAGUCUGAUUGUAAAAGAUAAACUACUAUUAAAGCCACCACUUGAUUGUGAA